UGAACUUAGACGUGUCUGUCAGUCGCGUUGAUAAUCCCCUUCUCACAGCCCUACCUUACAUCUAUAAAAUGUGGCACUUCUUUUUCCUGAGGUCCGAUAAGCCACCCGUACAGUCCCAGCCCCAAAUCUCUUUACGUCUCUUUCUUUCGUCCACAUGUUUCUUUUCUGGCUCAACAUCACGGUCAGUACUGUGGUCGAUGUGGUCUGGUAUCUGGUAUUCUACCCACCACCUCCAAUGAACCUAUAUCUUUCGGUACACCCACAUCGUCCAAAGCAUGCAGGUCAUACGGCACAGAAAAGCCCUUCGUCUCAUAAAUCCUCGUCUCCUAAGCCUUCACCUUCUUCGCCUCCUCCUCAGUCUAUUACCGCUGGUCGUCCUAUAUCGCCCCUCUUUGCGCUGGUUAUUGGCAUCGACAAGUACAAGCACCAUUCUCACGAGCUGAUAGAUCUGCACGGCGCCGUUGCUGAUGCUGAUGCCGUCACCAAAUUUUUACAUGAGAUUCUCCACGUUCCAGAGCACCGAAUUAAGAAUCUUCGUAACGAGAAAGCCACGAGAGUUACUAUCGAGACGGAGAUUGAGAACCUUGGAAACAAUCCAGCGAUCAAGAAGGAUGACCCAAUUCUCAUCUUCUAUGCAGGGCACGGGGCCGAAGCAAACGCACCGUCUGGAUGGCACAGCGCCAACGGGAAGAUGCAAAUGCUUGUUCCCUACGACUUUAUUCCCGGUGGGUCGAGCGACUCCCAACGAGGUCAAGGUGUUCUAGAUGCGAGACUCUCUCGUCUUCUUGCAGACCUUGCUGCGAAAAAGUCAGACAAUAUUACCGUCAUUCUCGAUUGUUGUCACUCCGGCUCGGGCACGCGAACGAAUAACAAUGAUCCGACUUCCACCGUUCGCGGGUUCCAGCUUCCAGUGACUUACACUAUCCCCAAAGACCUCUUGCGUGGCAUUAAGCCAGAUGUUCCGCAUCGGGCGAGUGUCGUUACAAAGGGAUUCGAGAAGUCGGGUCUGUCAUCGCAUGUUCUCCUUUCAGCAUGUAAGGCGGAGCAGAGUGCCUGGGAGAAAGGUCAACGUGGGGCCUUUACUUCAGCGUUGUUGAGCUUGUUACGAACAAACGGCGUCGACAAGCUUACCUACAAGGACGUAAUAACCAAUAUGCAUGAUCUGUCUGCACAAGAUCCCCAGUGUGAAGGUGUUCAUCAAUCCCGACGUCUUUUCAACUCCAAAGUACCCAGUCCCCACCGCGAAUUAUAUCCUAUUAGAGCAUCCGACCCUAAAAUACCCGACCAGUACGAUUUGGACGCUGGCGAGGCUCAUGGGAUCACCAAGGAGGCCGAGUUCGUUGUUUUCGCUGACAGAACCAUGGAGUCUACUCUUGGAACUGUUGUUGCUGUAAAGACCACCGCUUUCACCACAACGUGUUGUUUCUUCCCGCGCGGCGAUAAAAAGCAGUCAUUCACCCUUGCUAAAGAUGGAUAUGCCUUGCAGACUCGGGUCGGUGAGGGACAGGAUAUUAGACUUCUUGUUGAGCUCGACGAGAAGUUACUCGGUGUCUUUGAGCGAAUAGCCGACGAGAUGCAAAGUAGCAAAGCAAGAAAGAGAGGAUUCCGUUUGGUGGACAGUCGUGACGAUGAGCCGGAUCUGGUUAUUGCCGCGGAUGGUGACAAAGUCCAUUUCGAAAUCAUGGAAAAGGACUGUAUAGACCACGGGCUAACACGCAUGCCGUUCGAAGUCAAUAUCAAUGAUUCGGACGCCAUUCACCGCAUUCUUCGAAGUUCCGCUGAUUUCUACUGGCACCUUCACCGUUCUAUCAAAGGAAGCCCCCUUGCAGGAAAGGUCAAGCUCAAAUGUAUGAAGCUUACAGGGACAGGGGAGUACACGGACGACUUGGAAGAAAUUUUGAAGCCUGACCCUAAUGGCGGUAAUCUGAACAUCGGAGGUGUGAUUUCCGUCGACGUCAAUGAGGAGGCAAUGUAUGGAUUCAAGAUCGAGAAUACGUCGGCGGUGCCCCUUUAUGUUUCUAUGUUCUAUUUCGAUGCCAGUGAUUUGAGCAUCGCUGCAUACUAUCAGCCGGGAAGCGCGAGAGACGGCGCCGUUGAUUUUUCUCUUCCUCCUAAAAAAUCAUUGACCAUCGGGUACGGCGCAAGUGGGACGGUUCCGCACAACUACACACUAAGAAAGGGCCAGGACGUUGAUGUCGGCUUCUUGAAGCUUUUCUUUUCGACGGAGUAUAUGGACUUGUCGGGCAUCGUCCAAGAAUCGCCUUUCGAUGAUCGUCGCAAGAGCGAGACACCUUCGGGAAAGAAGAGGGGCCUUUGGCACGCGAUGCGUAUUACCGUUGUUCAGAAAAAGGGAGGUGACGUGCCAUGAUACUGAGGUAGGUACAGUGUCCAGUGUGACCAGUACAAUCUCCAUUCUUUUGAUGUAGGUAGCAAAUACUCGGUAGGCCGGCGCCCUGAACAUUUUGUUCCCUUUUCACCCAACACCCCAUCUUUGGUAUGCAACCCACACUGUAUGUAGGACUACCAUUACGUCUGUCUCAACUUGCGGUCGUCAUCCACCGUCGACUUUCCAUUUUUGUAUUUCAUUCAUCAUUCAGACAGAGAUCAAAGCCAGCUAUCCAUUACCAAGAUAGCGUUGUGAUUUACUUUAAGAAGCAUUGAAGAUUGUCCAAUGAGUACCUCAACCCUAGGUUUUAUCACCAUUAGCACUGUGCACCAACCAUAAAAAUAAGUUGCCAUCACGGCCAGAAGGGCUUGUUAUACACACAUAGGACUCCGAGUCGGACCUGCUACACGAAUGUACUGGCCCUCGAUAACUAUU